CGCGCUCGGAAGGGAGUCGCGAGACGUCGGAGCGGCGGCCACGUAGCGCUGCGGCGGCGGCGGCGGCGGCCGAGGCCGGGUCUGCGGAGCGGCCCUGAGGACAGACGUUGGGCGGGGGGGAGGGGCCGGCCCGGCCGGCGGUUGUUACUCGAGCGCCGCGGCUACAGGCCCCCCGCCGCAGGAUGGACCGCCGAGGCGGCGGUCGGGGCGGCGGAGGCGGAGGCGGCCGGCCAGGAUAAGAUGCGCCAAGGCACCUGCCGCCCUCUUCAGAAGAAAACUCACUAGUGCUCUGCUCUUGCCCUCAUACCAAACCUUCUGGCUUCUGCUUUGGUGCUGCAACCCUGGAAGAUUUGCACACGAGCUCCAGGAACACCCUUUGUUCAUCUGAGUGGUUCUUUUGUGGAUGGCAACUUAUUUGAGUCUUAAUAACUACCCUGUUUUAAAGCUGUUCCUGUCUAGUCUGGACUGCUUAAUAAAUCAGGCCACAUACCAAUGAGCCACACAGCCAGUCCAGGUCAGGAGCUGGUAGCAAACUGUGCCACGCGUGCAGCAGGCAUGGCACAAGAAGACGGCCGUCGCGGUCAAGUGCCAUCUACCUUUUAUGGUGCCAACCAAGAACUCGACCUGUCCACCAAAGUGUACAAGAGGGAGUCGGGAAGCCCUUACUCUGUGCUAGUGGACCCCAAGAUGAGCAAGCCACAUCUCCACGAGGCAGAUGAACAGACGUAUUUCAGGGAGACCAGAGCAGUGUCUGACGUGCAUGCCGUUAAGGAAGACCGGGAGAAUUCUGAUGACACGGAAGAGGAAGAGGAGGAGGAGGAGGAGGAGGUCUCUUACAAAAGGGAGCAGAUCAUAGUGGAGGUAAACCUUAAUAAUCAAACAUUAAAUGUCUCUAAAGGGGAAAAGGGUGUCUCUUCCCAGUCCAAAGAGACUCCUGUUCUUAAGACAAGCAGCGAGGAGGAAGAGGAAGAGAGUGAGGAGGAGGCCACGGACGACAGCGACGACUACGGAGAGAACAGCAGGCAGAAGAAGAAGGAGAAGCCGGCGGAGAAGGCCAGCAUCGCCCAAAGGCGAACGAGGAGGGCCGGCUCCGUGGCCGCGGCCACCGCGUCGCCGACGCCCAGGACUACGAGAGGGCGCAGGAAGAGCGUAGAGCCCCCGAAGCGGAAGAAGCGGGCCGCCAAAGAGCCCCGAGCGCCAGUCCAGAAAGCUAAGUGUGAGGAGAAAGAGACUCUGACCUGUGAGAAGUGCCCCAGGGUGUUUAAUACUCGGUGGUACCUGGAGAAGCACAUGAACGUUACUCACAGGCGCAUGCAGAUUUGUGAUAAGUGUGGCAAGAAGUUUGUCCUGGAAAGUGAGCUGUCCCUUCACCAGCAAACAGACUGUGAAAAAAAUAUUCAGUGUGUUUCCUGUAACAAAUCAUUCAAGAAACUCUGGUCCCUUCAUGAACACAUCAAGAUUGUCCAUGGGUACGCAGAGAAGAAGUUCUCCUGUGAGAUUUGCGAGAAGAAAUUCUAUACCAUGGCUCACGUGCGGAAACACAUGGUCGCACACACGAAAGACAUGCCCUUCACGUGUGAAACCUGUGGAAAGUCGUUCAAACGCAGCAUGUCCCUCAAGGUGCACUCCCUGCAGCAUUCUGGAGAGAAGCCCUUCAGAUGCGAGAACUGUGACGAGAGGUUCCAGUACAAGUACCAGCUGCGCUCGCACAUGAGCAUCCACAUCGGCCACAAGCAGUUCAUGUGCCAGUGGUGCGGCAAGGACUUCAACAUGAAGCAGUACUUCGACGAGCACAUGAAGACGCACACUGGAGAGAAACCCUUUAUCUGUGAAAUCUGCGGCAAAAGCUUCACCAGCCGCCCCAACAUGAAGAGGCACCGCAGAACUCACACAGGCGAGAAGCCCUAUCCGUGUGACGUGUGUGGCCAGCGGUUCCGCUUCUCCAACAUGCUUAAGGCCCACAAGGAGAAGUGCUUCCGGGUGACCAGCCCCGUGAACGUGCCGCCCGCCGUCCAGAUCCCCCUCACGACCUCCCCGGCCACCCCCGUCCCUUCGGUGGUGACCACGCCCACAACCCCCACGCCUCCGAUCAGUAUGAGCCCCGUGAGCGCGCUGCCACCCCGGCCCAUCCCGCACCCCUUCUCCCACCUCCACAUCCACCCGCACCCGCACCACCCGCACCACCUCCCCAUCCCCCCGGUCCCGCACCUCCCCCCUCCCCCAGCUCUCUUUAAGAGCGAGCCUUUAAACCACAGAGGCCAGGGCGAGGACACCUUUCUGCGGCACCUGGCAGAGAAGAACGGGGCCGCGCAGCACCACUGACCUCCGCCUCCUUAAGCGCGUUCUCCGCGAGCCGUGUGCCCUUGUGCGAGCUGGCAGCCGGGGAGCUGGUGAGGUGCCCGCAGCUGGCAGGAGGGGACCGGCGGCAAGACCACCCUGAGCUCGCGGAGGGGACUGCCCACCUAAACCAGGGGAACCACCGAACUAAAGCCCAAUUUGCUUGCAUUUUCUGGUGACUUUUAUACAUUUCAGAUACCCAGACUUGGGGAGUUUUCUAAUUUCGUAUCAGCCGAUGAGGUAUGCUUGCUUUUCUACCCCGGACCUCUCCUCAAAGAGGGGACAAGGCCCGGUCUCCUUUGUACUAAUCGGGAAGGCUGUGAGAUUAAUCCGGAGCAUUAAUUGUAUCACUGUGUAUCGUAACCGAUUCUUUUCAGCUUUUGGCGCUGGCCUCAGGGUCGAGCCGGCCGUGUUUCCCAGUAUAUCAAGCAUUAUAGAGAAAGACCGAACUCUUCUUCUUUGUGUAGCUCUCCUAACGCACUCUUUAUUUUACUACAGAAAUUAUUUUAGAGUUUUUUGUAUAGACUUCUUUAGUAGGUCUGUUUCUAAAAUGAAAUGUAUUUCAAUAAGCGCUGUAAUUUUUUCAGUGUAGCUGGGCCUAUGUUGUAAAAUAGAAAAAAAAAUUUUUUAUAAUCAUCCAAAUGUGAUUCUUAAAGAUGCAUAUAACUUCUAUAGUUCAGAGCUUAUUCUUAACAUCCGUACAACUCAAAGGUGCUUCAGUGACCAGAGGUAUCAGAGAGGGGCCCCGCUGCCGGGUUAACUGCACAACCAGGUGUUGGCUUUCGGAGCUUGGCGUAAGUCCUUGGUCUUUCUUAGUCCCUGAAUCGCAUGCGAGCGCCCGUCGGUUGGGCUCAGUGACCCGCUCCCGUCUGCCGCGUUGCGUUCUGAUCGGUUACGGCGUUGGGACAGUUUCGUUUGGUGAUGGCGUUAAGUGGGUUGGUUUGCAGGGAGCUGGGACUUUGUGCAGGGAAGUCCCCCAACGCAUGCAUGCUUGAAACAUCUGAGUCCAAGCUGUCGCCUGUCGGGAGGAGGAGGCGGUGGCGAUUCUUUGCUCUUGGUCGCGUCUGUUUCUCACUCUCCCCAGGGCUCGUUCGUGCCCAGCCCCGCGGCGGCCUGGUGAGCCACCGCUCGUUUCGAGGCUGCUGUGUUUUUCUAGGAUGGUUACGGAAACACAAAAUAGUACACUAAAAUCACAAAUGCGAAUGACGUUGCUGACAGUAGCUGAGAAGUUUGGAUGGGAACAAACGGACUCGGGGUUUUUAAAAUGUCCAUCCGUCUGUGGGUACAGCCACAGCUUUGGGCUGUUCUGACAGUGUAAAUUGUAGCGACAGAAAGCAAAUGCCUACAUUUUGCUGCCCUGUUCCCUGCAGACAGUUUACGUGACAGCGAUGUUCACAGGUGGGGAGGAAGACGUGUCUGCCGUCUUGAAGAUGGGUUACUUUUUCAGGUUUAGGAAGGUUCGAAAGAGCACCAGCAUUCAGGAGCUUAUAUAGGAAAGUCUGAAUAGAAGGGCUAACGUUCCGCUCAUCUUUAACUGAUCAAAUUUCUCCAGACUCAGUAUAGCUAAAACUUUUGCUUUUUUUUUUUCAUCUCCGAGAACUGAGUUCCAAAGCUAAGUCUGCUUGCUUUCUCUCUCUCCCUCUAGUUUUUAAUCUUGACGUUUCUUCAGUUCCCCACCGUUUCCCACCCCCCCCCACCGCCUCGGGCUCUUAGAUCAUUGCUUAAAUAAGAACCCCGGCUUUUAUUUAUUUUUUAACUUUUAAUAUUAAAUGUGCAGAUGUACUUCAAGCACUUUUCUGGCGGAUUAGCUCUGUGGUAGGAAAAUCUGGAACUCUCAGUGGAGGUCAAGUCCCUCUUUUUAAAAUACCACAUUCUCUAUUAGCUUUUUGGUUUAAAUGUUUCCUCUUUUUUUUUUUCUUUCUGAUCAUUGCCUUUUGUCUCCUGUAACGAGCAUAGGAAGGUUUCGGAACGAGGCACAAAAGUAUCUCAAGACCUACUUUUCUUCCUGUUGUUGGAUGCCAUUUCUAAAUACUGUUAUUUUUAAUAUUUGUAUACAUUUUUUGGACACCCAGGUACCCAAACCAAUGAGGAAAAUGAAUUACUUGUCUGUGAUUGUCAUUUCUUCAGUGGCUGCCUCUCCUUACUUCCAGUCUCCUUUACAUUCCAUGACAAAUUUGUGGUUGGAGCCACACUUUUACGUAGACAUCCCAUCAUUUAAUGGCCAAGCCUAUACUAUUAAAUGGCUUUUUAAAAGAUGUAAACUGCAGCUGAAUUGGAUAUAGUACCUUAUCUUAUUCUAAACAAACUUAGGGUCUUGGUUAGCAACUCUGAACCCAAGACUUAAGACCAUUAAAGCAACCAUUCUAUGAAGUGUACUAUAAUUAUACACUGGAAAAUGCAGGUAGUCAUGUUUGAUUUUUCAUUCAAGUGAAUAUAGCCAUAAGAAAAUACCUACUACAUAGGAAAACCAGUAUUAAGCAAAUAAUCACCACCACCCUUAACAGAAGCAAAAAAGGAUUGUUUGUUUGUUUGUUUGUUUGUUUUUAAUCAGCAUUGUCACACAACGCAGUUCACAGUGAAAUGUAUUGUGGAACAAUCUGAAAACUUCUAGGUUUUUUGUCGUCGUCCCCCCCCCCCCCACCCCGUUAGGUAGGUGUACCUUCCCCGACUCGGGAUUCGUUGUCUUCCGGAAAACCGCUCCGAACCUAACGAUCCCUUAUCAGUGUCAUAUGACACGUAGGUAAUGAAAUGCAUUCGUAAUAUUCACAACACGAAUGCUUCUGAACAUAAGAACUGCGGGAUUAAGCCUUAAACAUAUACGUGCAUCAGGUGUAACGUGCUUCAGACUCAAACUCAGGGUUGGACAUUUGAUUGGGGUCCUUCGCUGAGGCACAAAGUUGCAUCCCGUGGUGUGUACCCUCCAGCAUACGGUAAGCGCCCUGUGACUUCUUCAGAACCUCACGCUUGCUUGCUGUCUGUUUAUGAAAAAAAGAACCACGGAGGCAUUCGGGUUCUUAGCCCUCCCCUGUCCUCACUUUCCUAAGGCAGCAGAGGCCACACACUUCAGCGUCACGGAGAUAACCCAACUGAGGCCGUUUCUCGUUACUUAAUUUUAUGGUCUUCAAAGGCUUGUCUCUUCGGUAGGGUGAAGGCUUACUUGAGGAAAAUUCCCAAGGACUUUGUCCAGUUGACAUUGCCUUUUUCCUUUCCCCCUUUAUUCUUAUCUCCCAGAUUUAUCCUUCAGAUACGUACACUUGCUUAGCCUUCAAGAAAGGCUGCUUGCUGCUUCCUCAAAUUGAGUCGGGUAGGCAUCAGACUGAGUUAGCUGUUUUAAUUGGAGUGAGAAAUCAAGAAAAUAAGAUAAGCAGUUUAAAGGCACGUGGCUUCCUUUCCACACAUAUUUGUGAUUUGGUUCUUUUUUUUUUUUUUUU